AUGGUCUCGCCAAGUCUUUCUUGUAGAGCCUGCAGUUCCACCUGCAGCCUACAGACCCUUGUUCAUAGCGGGUUUAGCUCAAUCUCCGCUCAUUCCACCCCAUCUUUUCUUACAUCCUUCCUUCGAAGACCUACAUGGUCCUCAAUUAUUGCUCGAAAUGCAUUGAAUCUUGAAUCUCGCAAAGCUUUUCACUCCACCCCAACCCGGAAUUCCAAUUCUACUCCCUCUCGCAUCUCCUAUCGGGUUUCCGUGUCCUCAUCCGGCAAAGGCCGCCGCUUCCACCCCCUCAAAAAUGCAUAUGAUUUCGAUCCGAACCUGUCAGAUGCGAUAGGUGUAUCCAAAGAUAGGAACCCGGCGACUCGGCGACGAAGCCGUCCAGAUAGUGGCGAGGAUGCUUUUUUCGUGAGCCGUAUCGGCACACACCGACAAGGCACACAAGCUACGGGAGACGCGGAGGCAGUCGCUUUUGCAGUCGCAGAUGGUGUGGGUGGUUGGACCGAGUCCAGAGUGGACCCGGCUGACUUCUCGCAUGGAAUAUGUGGCCAUAUGGCGAAUGCAGCUUUGGCUUGGGACGAGUCUGCUGAAAAGCUGCGACCCAAGCAGCUCCUGCAGGCGGGGUAUGAUCAGGUAGCCGCUGAUCCCAGCAUAAAAGCUGGAGGAAGCACUGCAUCUGUGGGUAUUGCGCUACCGGAUGGUCGCGUUGAGCUGGCAAACCUGGGUGAUUCGGGUUCGGUCUUGCUCCGUCUCGCUGCCGUGCAUCAUUACUCUAUCCCACAGACUCAUGCCUUCAACACCCCAUACCAGCUCAGCAUUAUCCCUCCACGCAUGCGUGCCCAGGCCUCUGUAUUCGGCGGUGCAUACUUGGAAGACUUCCCCAGUGAUGCGUCUGUCACCAACAUUCAGAUGCAGCAUGGUGAUGUGCUCAUGCUUGCUACUGAUGGUGUCUUCGACAACCUCAACAACCAAGAUAUUCUCAAGCUUGUUUCCAGUCGUAUGAUCCUGACUGGAGCUUGGACUGCUACUCCGGAGUAUGGUAUCGGGGUCUCAGACAGCCUUCGUGAUCUCACCGUCCCGGGUGGACUAGCCUUCGCGUUUCCUCCCCCGCCAGGAGCGUCAAAGUCUCAAAGGGACAUGAAGGAGCAUGAUAAGGAAGCUUCCAGUCUAGGAGCCAACCUGACUCUGCAAUCUCUACUUGCAGCCUCCAUUGCUGGCGAGGCCAAGAUGGCCAGUGUUGAUAUGCGCCGGGAUGGACCCUUCGCCAAAGAGGCUCAGCGUUAUUACCCUGGUGACCACUACCGUGGUGGCAAGGUCGAUGAUAUCUGUGCCCUUGUUGUCGUUGCCAUAGACGAGAGCAUCGUCUCAAGUGGUAGCUCUGAGUGA